AAGCUCAAUCUGUUUUUUAUCAGCAUUCCAACUGAUGAUUUUCCCCUCCUUCAUAAAGCAACAAGAAAAGAAUCAGCAGGAGGAAAGAGGAAGAACUGAGCCUCCAACUCCUGAAUCCCAAUGCUGAUCACAGUCCCAGAUCAUCUUCCAGGACUCACUGCUCCAAAAGAUUUCCAGUCAAGUCAGGCUGUGAGAAGGUGUAGUUCUGAGGCAAUCCCAAGAGCCCAAAGAGCUGUGGGGAUACGUGCAAGUUCGAAAUAAGGCUCACAUGUUCUGGUGGCUUUAUUAUGCAAAUAACCCAACCAAAGACUUCACAGAGCUACCUCUCAUUUUGUGGCUUCAGGGAGGUCCAGGAGCUUCAGGAUGUGGAUAUGGGAACUUUGAAGAGAUUGGUCCUUUAGAUAAAGAAAUGAAACCAAGAAACACAACCUGGUUGCAGGCAGCCAGUGUCUUGUUUGUGGAUAAUCCUGUGGGCACUGGAUUCAGUUAUGUGGAUGAUUGUAGCUUGUUUGCCAAAAACCUUACCACAGUAGUUUCUGAUAUGAUGGUUUUUCUUGGAGAAUUCUUCACAUGCAGAACAGAAUUCCAGACCAUCCCAUUCUACAUAUUUUCUGAAUCUUAUGGAGGUAAAAUGGCAGCUGGCAUUGCUUUAGCACUGCAUGAGGCUGUUCAAAAAGGGACUAUAAAGUGCAAUUUUAUGGGGACUGCUCUUGGAGACUCAUGGAUUUCUCCUUUGGACUCUGUCCUGUCUUGGGGGCCCUACCUUUACAGCACUUCUCUCCUUGAUGAUAAUGGUCUAGCAGAGGUGACUGCUGUUGCCAAAGAAAUAAUGAAUGCAAUAAAUAAAAAUCAGUAUGUGCUGGCCACUGAGCUCUGGGACAAAGCUGAAACUGUCAUUGAAGAGAAUACAGACAAUGUGAAUUUUUACAACAUCAUGACUAAGGAUGUACCAGAAAUGAAAUUAAAUGAACAAGAAAGUCUCCAUCUCAGACUUUACCAACGCCAUGUCAAAACCAUGCAUACAGACAGUCUAAAUGAAUUGAUGAAUGGACCCAUCAGGAAGAAGCUAAAAAUUAUUCCUGACUGUGUGAAAUGGGGAGGUCAGUCCAGAGAUGUCUUCAAGAACAUGGCAGAGGACUUCAUGAAACCUGUCAUUGAUAUUGUUGAUCAGCUUUUGGCAGCCAAUGUUAAUGUCACAGUCUAUAAUGGGCAGCUGGAUCUCAUUGUUGACACCAUGGGCCAGGAGGCAUGGAUCCGAAAGCUGAAAUGGCCUAAUUUGGAGCAGUUCAGCAAGCAGAGGUGGAAGGCACUCUACGUGUCUCCAGAAUCCACUGAGACAGCUGCUUUCCACAAGGCCUAUGAGAACUUUGCUUUUUUCUGGAUUCUUAAGGCUGGGCACAUGGUACCAUUUGAUCAAGGAGAGAUGGCACUGAAAAUGGUCAGGAUGGUGACCCAGCAACAGCACUAGGGAAGGAGAGGACAUCUUGUAUGGCUUCCUGCUGAAUGUCAGUGCUCUGCAAGAAUGAGCCAAGGGUAAUAAGCCACGGGUGGAACAAUGGCUAUUUGGAGACAGCUGCUCUGAGCUUGCUGAUAAUGUGUGCAAGCACUUAUGCAGAGGCAUUUUUUUUUUCCUUGAACAAAUUGUUGCUUUUGAAUUUGUAAACUGUGAUUUGCUGCCUUAACACUGUUCAUAAGGGAAGUCCACUUCAGAGGGAAUUCCACUGUCACAAACAACUAGCUCUGAGCCUUUGAUGGAAAGAUUUUGUGCUUUUGUGUAAAGGUGCCAUUCCCUGAAUGCUCUUGUCUGCUCACACACCAAGACUAAAGCUGACUUGAUUCCUGAUAGGUUUGCAGUUUGUUCCCCUAGGAGAGCUAACCUGUUUCAUCAGGCCGUGGAAUGUUCCUUCCCUUGUCUUCAGGCCUCUGCUUGAGUCACCUGGCUGGAUUACAAGCUGAAGACAUGGAAAUUCCAGGAUGGAGGACCUGCCCUAGAGGAGUUACAGUCCAUCUCAUCUUGCUGAGGUGCUUGUGUAAGGAUCCAAGAUUCACCAGACUUCCUAUGCUAUGGAGAGAGAAAAACACCCCCCAAAGAGGAUUUGGCUUUUUCCAUCUGAUAAUUUGUUUCUUGUUUUCCUUCCCUUUAAUGAUUGUCACUCAAACUUUGCUUUUAGCCUUUACACCUAGAGUGCAUCCUGCAGCAAUUUCUGCUUUCCUGUGUGCUGAAGCAGGAGCUCUGCUAGUACUCUGUUUCUGGACAGAAAAGACUAUGCAGUAAUAGCAUCAUUCUGAAACAUCAGUAUUUAAGAGGCUAUAUGAGCUAAAAUGAACACCUUGAGCUAUAUUUUUCUAGAGCUUUAAGUCUUGCAGAGAUGUUUUAUUUUGAAAUAUAUUUUUAUAUAGUGCAGUCAAGAAGAAACUUGAUCAGAUACCCCUUGACUUCUGCUUUGGAGUGCAAAGUGGCCAUUGUUUAUCAGUGUCUGAGGAGAGGCAGAACAGUUUUUUCCAUCUGUGAGAAUCCUAAACAAAUAGCAACCCCUCAAUUACUCCAGCAACUGAAAAUACCAUGAAAUACCUGAUAGUGUUGACUUAGCAAGGACUGAAGCAUAAUGCUGUAUAAACACAGGCAGUUAUCCAGCAGGUGAAGGAUUGGCACCUAAUAAUAAUUUUCCUUCUUGAUGUUCUGUGCUUGAACUCUAUUCUUGAGAACUUCAGUAAUGCAAAUCCAGAUACUUUUUUUUAAAUGCCUUUUUUUUCAAUAAAUGCAAUAGGUCUAAUUCC